AUGCCACCCAAGUUCGUACUCGCGCCGCUGAACACGGCGGCGAGGAAGGCGACCGAGCACUUUAGGAACAAGUACUACCAGUACCAGCUCGACAGCCACAAUAAUACGUUUGGUCUGUGGAUAGACUUCUCAGACCCGGCAAAGCAGUCCUUCACCCUGGGCCGCGCCGACACCGACAUCUUCCUGCCCGAGCUGCGGUCGGCCAAGGGCGCUUCCCAGAUCUCGGACCUGCACGCGUCCUUCCAGGUCGUUGCCGACACGGGCGCCGUUUUGCUCUUCGAUCAUUCCGACCUCGGCACCACCGAGCCCUUCUCCGGCACCACCACCGGCCACGGCUUUACCGUCAAGUUUCGCAACAACGCCAAGUCGGUGCUUGUCGCGCGCGGCAUCAACUCGCGCAUCGCCUUUGGCCGCGACAAGUGGUACCAAUUCGAGAUACAGUGGCGCUCUGACGGCCUGUACGACUUCCCCAGCAAGGACGAGCCAUACACCGUGGGGCCCAGGAAUUCGAGGGCGAAGAAAUACGUGCAGGGGGAAAAGGUGGGCGGCGGCGCAUACGGCAAUGUGUGGUGGGCCAUGGACGUCACGGAUGGGAAGCUCAUGGCGGUGAAGAAGUUUCACAGCCUGUCAGGCAAGAAUCUCGAGUUUGCGACACGCGAGGUUGCCAACCUCUUUAAGAUCAACAAAGAUACAUCUAUACAACAUGAGCACAUCCUCCAGAUCAUUGAUUCGGCGGGCGGCGGAGAGAACGACAACUGGGGCGAGAUAUUCAUGCCUCUCAAGUUGGGCAAUUUGAAAACCCUGGUCGAGAAAACGCCCGGAAUAGACGAACAGUCGCUGGGCGAGACCGUCUUGCGGCAGAUGCUGCUGGCUCUGCAGUGCAUUUCCAAGCACAACAUCGUCCACCGCGACAUCAAGCCCGAGAACAUAUUAUGGGAGUACGACGCGGACAACAAGUACCACUUCUGCUUGGGCGAUUUCGGGCUCUCCAACGAUCCCAAGAUCGCCAAGACGGUCGCAGGCACCGAGCCGUUCAUGGCGCCAGAGGUGUUCCACAGGCAGGCACAGACGACCAAGGUCGACAUAUGGUCCCUCUUCGCCACCGUGGUCUGGGUGCGCAAUGCCCAGUUCCGCGCCUCGUGCUCCCAGCUCGGGGCCCCGCAAAUCCACGCGUGGCUCGUGCACAUCGCGAUGUCACCCGAAUACGCGAGCAUCCACACCAUGGCGCAAAUGAAUCCCAAGAAGCGGCCUUCAGCUACGCGACAGCUCGCUAUUCUCGACGGGACCGUCGACAACUAUGGCGAUCCGGCAGCGACGGGCUACGGCGCCGACGUGGGUGCGGACCCUGGGGUGGCGGCGGACGAGAGCCACGUUGGCGAAGAGCUCGGGACUCAGUUUGCGCGGGCCAUGAGGCUCCACGAUAGCAGUAAUCCAGGCAUGAGCUACGGGUCAGGCAGCUCGGACAUGGUCACGUCGCCCGAAAUUCCGUACUACGAGCCCUACACGUCCGGGAUAAUGGACAAUUACCCGUGGGGGGAGUCGGGCGAGGCAGGGCCAAGCAAGGACUACGUGCCUCCUCCGGCAGGCGACUCGAAUGCGCCACGUGACCAGCGAGUAAGAAUUUUGCACGAUUCUAUUUGA